GUGGCCCGCCCAGCGGCUGGUGGCGGCCGGAGGGGAGCGGCAGCGGCGGCAGCGCUGCCGGGGCAGCCGCGAUGGCCGAUUACUGGAAAUCUCAGCCAAAAAAAUUCUGUGAUUACUGCAAGUGCUGGAUAGCAGACAACAGACCUAGCAUUGAAUUUCAUGAAAGGGGAAAGAAUCAUAAAGAAAAUGUGACAAAAAGAAUUAGUGAGAUUAAAAAGAAAAGCUUGGAAAAAGCAAAAGAAGAAGAAAAUAUGUCAAAAGAAUUUGCAGCAAUGGAGGAAGCUGCAAUGAAAGCGUAUCAAGAGGAUUUGAAAAGGCUUGGAGUUAAGCCAGAUGAUGUAGGUCCCAGUUCGACACAGAGUAAAACACAGAGUAAUACAGUGGAAAUUAAAGGAAAGAAAGAAAAGAAAGAAAAGAAAGAAAAAAAGGAAAAGAAGGAAAAGAAAAAAAAGAUACCUGAAGAUACCUCAAGGCCACCAAAACUUGAAAAGAAGGAGUGGGUACAAGGAUUUUCUCCUGAAGGCUACACAUAUUACUACAACACAACCACAGGAGAAUCACAGUGGGAGAAACCUAGAGGAUUCCAAGACAGCUGUCAGAACUCUAAGACGGCAGCAGAGUGGGUAGAAGGUGUCACUGAAGAUGGUCAUACCUACUACUAUAACACACAAACAGGAGUAUCCACUUGGGAGAAACCUGAUGGUUUUGUUUCAUCUUCAAAUGAGAAGAGUCAACGUGACAAGCAUUCUAAAGAGCUUACAGAAACAGAUUCCAAAACGUCUGAAUCAGACUCUGAAAAGGAAGAUAGUGAAAGUGAAGAGCAAAGUCCAAAAAUAAAUUUCAAGAGGAAAGGAGAUAAUGGUGAAGAAACAGAGGAAAAGAAAUCUCACAAAGCUAAAAAGUUAGGCCCUUAUGGUCAAUGGCGGGAAGUUAAACAGGAAGAAGCUGUUGGUAAAGAGGAGACUACCUCAGUUUCCCAAGAAAUCUCCAGUGACGUAUCCAAGAAGACUAACCCUUAUGGAAUCUGGGAAGCAGUUAAAGAGGAAGAAGACACCUGUGAAAAAGUGGACCUGGAGCUUCCUAGUGCAGAGAGUGACAGUCUACCACCUCCAGUGCUAGAAGUUCCAGAAGAUGCAAAAGUGAUAUUUAAAGAGAAGACAGUCACCUCUCUUGGAGACCUGUCAGAAGGGGAACCAACAUUUAAAAAGAGAAAAUUUGAAAAUGGAAAAUCUAGAAACUUAAGACAAAGACUAAGUGAUCAGUAAUAUUUAACAAAUCAUUUUAGAUUCUGUUUAAGCUAGAGAGAAUCAAAAGUUUAAUAUUUUAAACAGGCUUUUAUAAAGAAAACGUUGGUUAGAAAUUAAGGAUUUAUAGCUAUUAAAACAUGAGUUGUAAUAUUUUUUUAAAUUUAUUUUGAUGUGAUUGCUUUUGGAAUGGAAGUUUGUGUUAUAUUACUUAUGCAGUAUUGUAAAUACAUUUAUUAUUUUAACCGUACCAUCUAAGUUCAAUUUGCUCAGUGUAAGCUGUUUUAAAUACGUUGUGCAAGGUUUUUUACUCCUUUUCUAAGUAUGUGAGAAUGUAGUAAUCCGUAUUUUGGGAAAAAUGGUACAGACCUUUUACUUUUGCACAAGAACUGGAUCAAUGGCGUACAAGAAAGCAGAAGCAGCCCGCAAGGUAGUUCAUGUGGAGUAGUUUCCAAGCUAAUGAGUAGAAAUAAUGUGCUUUACUAACCUUUGGCUCAUUGCUUGCAAAACAGUAGGUGGUAAGAGUUCCAACUCUUCAAACAGAUAGUUUGAAAGCUGUUUUUAGAGGAGUUGGUCACAUCAGUGCCAUGCAUUUCAAAUUACAUUCUAAAAGAAUUACUUGUCUACAUUCAUGAUAAAUGUAUUACAGUUCUGCAACCUGAUGAAUCUUGACUGUAAUAACAGCACCAGAACCACUUCUGCUGGAGUAGAUUUUUCUGUGGUGUCUUCCCAUUGUAUAUUGUGUUGUUAUUUUGUCUCUACUUGAAUUUUUCUUUCUUUUUACACAUUAAGUUUUAUUUCUUGGUCUUGAUUUCUUUUUGUCUCCCUCCCUGUAAAAAAAAAAAAAAAAUUGUAUGACAGUUCCAUGAAAAAGUGUUCCAUAGGUCUAGCCCUGCUGUAGCAUACAGCAUCCCUUUUGAGGUGAUGUUUUUGUCUAUUGGUAAGAUGGAUGUAUUGAAUAGUUGCAGACAGCAUCAGCUGGCUGCUCAUAACAGCUGAAAGGAGCUAAGCACUUUGAAGCUCCAUCAUUUGCAGUACCAUAGGAGAGAAGGAACGAUGAACAAGUAAAGCUGGCGGCUGAACUGUCCGAGAUGGCUUCACUGCCGUGCUUGGCUGUUGAAAAUAUGCAGUGUAAAUGCGUCAACGUUUUCUUGAGGGUAGUAGGUUUGAUUUCGUCAUCUAGUGGGAAUAGUCUGCCUUUAGUAUCAUCAAAGUUUUAUUGUCUGCCUGAGACAACAAAUGUAUUUACAAAUGGUGGGCCAUAAAGGUUCAAAUCAUAAAUCCAUUCGAAAAUAUGUCUUCAUUUUAACAUUCACAGUGCCUUGUUCAGGAGAGUGGUAGUCAAAAAUAGUACAGUUAAAACAUUUCUCAGAGUCCAGCUACAGCAAAAUAAAUUUGGUAACUGCUGAGCUUGAACUUCAUUGAAAAAAUGACUAUUAAUGUGUCAGGUCAGCUGGGGAAAGAGUGCAAAAUUGGGAAUCUGGUUUAUCAUGUAUUAUGAAAGAAGCCAAGAUCUCUUUUUUUUUUCCUUUUUUUAAUUCUGUGACAUUUUAUGUGCAGUUAGAGGAGAAUUAAGUAUUGGUUUUAGUUCUAUGUGUUUCUUGGGCUUCUUUGUCAAGGUUAUAGUCUUCUGAAUUUUGUUCUGAAAAAUUUGAAAGUUUUCUUUGUUAUCUAGCUCUAGGGUUUUAGGGGUUUUUGUUCUUAGUGUUAUUUGAACCUCAUGACUCAAGCAUAAGGGAACCUGUUCCUAGUUUCUAGCCUACAUGUUUUUGUGUCAGUUUACGCUCAUUUAUUCCCAAUUUACACAAGUAUUGCCCUUGAGCUAAAGUAGCUUUUCCUCUUGAUUCCAUCAUGGUGUGUUUUGUUGUUUGGGAUUUUUUUGUGUGUUUUUUCUUUUGUGUGUGUGUGUGUGUGUGUGUGUAUGAAUCAAAUGAAGUAUGAAUCUUCAUUACCCUGCCAGCACUUUACUUUUCAUCCAUUCCAGUCUGAAUUUGUCUAAGCUCUAUAUUUGAAAAAGAUUAAGGCCAUGCAUGAUGUCACUAAUACUUCCUUGGAGUAUUGGAAAUAACUCUUGGUACACCCUUGAACUACAUUUGCUUUCAUGUGACUGCAUCAUGCUGUCUGCUCUGGGUGCCCUGUUAUUUACCAAUACAACUAGUUCUUUCUGCUCCUUUGCCAUUGCCAACUGCUGAGAUUGCAGCUGAUCAUGCUUUCAUUUAAAUAAAAAAAUUUUUUUUAUGA